AUGACUUCUGAAUCCUUCGUAAAGCCCACCAUCGGGGAAGCUUCUGCCACAAAACAAUCCAAAAGACCAACUCCAAAGCAAACGUUUGAAGGACACAAGGACACGCCGAUUUAUUAUUUCGUCUUCUUGCACGACAACGUCCAGAUUGUGAGCGAUUCUCAGGGCGGCACGAUGCGGAAGUGGAACUGCGACACAGGACUUCUGGUCGGAAAGCCGUGGAAGGGCGAGGGUGGAAAUAUAUAUGCACUGGCGCUUUCACCGGAUGGGAACAUGAUUGCGUGUGGGAGGGUUGACGGUAGCGUUCAGCGGUGGAAUACCGACGGGGAGAUGAUCGCAGGCGUUUGGGCGGGUCAUAGCGACACGGUCCGGUCCCUUUCGUGGUCUCCCCGCGGGAACCAUCUUGCAAGCGGAUCCGACGAUGGAACAAUUCUGAUUCGAAACGCAGAAAACGGAACAGUUGUAGUGGGCCCGAUCAAGACGGUGCUAACUCAUGUGUGGAAUCUUGCAUAUUCACCUUUGGGUGACAGAAUUGCAUCAGGUGGGGACAAAUCGAUUUGUAUCUGGGACACGAAGACCGGCAAGCUCGUUGUCGACCCCAUCAAAGACCUGGGAGAUUACAAUGUGACGUCCUUGGUGUGGUCGUCGGACAACACAAAACUUUACUCUGCAUCCGACCAAUUUGUUCGUGUUUUCAACAGCAAAUCAGGGACACUACUACAUUCCAUCGAGCACGACCAUGUUUUGUAUUCUGUCGCACUUUCACCCAAACACAACGUAUUGGCAUGCGUGGGUUUUGACGGUGUUGCCAAACUAUGGGACACAGAGUCCCCCCAGCCACCCGGCAAGCCAUUCAGCCAGGAUGACACACUUCACCAUGUGUCGUUCUCUCCAGACGGGCACCAUCUAGCAUGUGCUGGACACAACCAAAAACUCACUCUUUGGUCUGUCAAAGAUAUAGCACCUCAGCUACUCCCUCAACAAAGUGACGAACGAAGCAUACAGCAGGAAACUCGGUCCAACUCCCCAUCAUCAUGCCUCGACGCCGAUGCUACUGGGGAUGAUGGUAUCAUUGACGAGAGGCGCGAUGAUCCAUACAACAACUUCUUUCAGUCUUCGCGUCAAUCUCUUCCGUCGGCGACGCCUGACUCCCGUCUCCUCCACCUCUUUUCCGCUCGCCGCUUAUUCAAGAUCUUCUCUCGCCUUCACCCACCGGCAGAUGAGUCUGUGCCAAAAGAACGCUCGAAGCGCAAGUUCUUCGCUCGUCGCUCAAAGUCAUCCCUGGAGCUCACAACUAUGAAAGCCAACCAACCAGAGCCAGAAUGGAAAGCGGGAGAAGAAAAGGGCGAGCAAUGUGACAAUAAUCGCGGUUCCACGAAUGAUCCUCUUAGCGCCAAAAAGGAUAAAGGCAAACAGCGAGACGAAACCCCCACGGACGCGCAGAGCCCACCGUCUGAUGAUUUAAGUCACCCCGACAACCUCGAUAGCAAAGACAAUCGAAACCUCUGGAAAAGUAUGAUCCAUGCUCGAGGGAAGGACCCCUCCGACGCCAACAUUGCUCCAGCAACGAAACGUCCCAAGGUCGUUGAGAGACGGAACGCCCAGAGAUAUGUCGCAAUGCCGCGGGUUUGCAAGACAAAGCCAUUGGCAGUGACGGGCGAUGCUCCCCCCGUAGGUGCCAGCUCGUCACAGCCGGGAUCAUCGUCGCAAGUAGUCACCGUACAGGCAGGGCCGUCAUCGCAUGCCGUGGUCGGCAGCGGUGCCCAAUCUUCGCAAGCUACCGGAGGUCCAUCAUCACACGCAUCCCCAUCGCACAUCGUGGCCGUCAAUGUAGUUCAAUCUUCGCAAGCCAUUGGAGCUUCAUCAUCGCACACGUCCCCGUCGUAUUUCGUGACUAACUACCACACCAAUCACGACUCAGAUUCACACACGACCAUUGAAGGCUCCUUCAACAGGUUUCUGGUAUGGAUGUGUUAUCCCUGUGGACGCUACCACAAUGGUUUUUAGUGUUGUAUGGAUUUUCUUGCUGUGCGUAGUACUAAGUUGUACCCUCCCUUCGUUUUGAAACUUUGUUUCUCGCGUUGGCUAUGAAACUCAUUCUGCCACAUCAGUAUUUUCUCUCGCAUGUGUUUAGCUGGCUUUGUAACUACAUUCUGUCCCAUGAGUAUCGGUUCACCUAUCUUCAGCAUUGCAUGUGCACUUGUUCUACUCCUGAAACACCC